GAGGAAAUAUUCCAUAAUAAACUCGAAGGAUUAUUCUGUCCGGUCUUCACUCCGCUGAACUCGGAGUACCAAGUCAAUGUCAGCGUGAUACCAGAUUACGCCAAAUAUUUGAAGGAUAAAGGCGUAGAUGGUGUAGUGGUGGCUGCGAACAUCCCCGAAAGCUCCAACCUCAGUGUAAGAGAAAAAAAGGAACUGCUGGACGCUUGGGUGGCGGCAUGUAAGCCUCUAGGCCUGAAGGUGAUGCUGCAAGUAGGAGGAGUACCAUCACCUGACAUAAUUGAACUGGUCCGUUAUGCAGUAUCGAAAGACGCUGAUGGCAUCCUAGCGUUACCACCACCGUUUUACAGUCCAGAAACCCCUGAAGACUUCACCAGAUAUAUAGAGUUUCUCACGUGCUGCUCUGGAGGUCUGCCUAUAUACUACGACAACGUGAUUGCGAAUCCAAAUAUAGCAGCUUUGUUCAUUAUGGCCCCAUACUUCGAGAGGGCAUCAAACGAAGUGGAAAAUUUCAAAGGUAUGAGGGGCAGCUUUAGAGACGCUAUGCUCAUCACGUCCGAGGCAGAGAUCAGAAGUGACCAGGAGUUUUUCUUGAACAAACAUCUGGCGGUCGCCGGGGCCAUGUACAUGGGCUUCAACUCUUAUAUUACCCCAAUAUUAAACUUCUUGCCGGAACUCAUUCGUGAGAUCAGGAACUACAGCAAUAGCGGUGACAGUGAUGCUGCCUCAGAGACACAGGACAGGCUAAAUCACAUCACUAGUCUCGUUAUGGAGCAAGGAGACUCCAUCGCGGCGUUGAAGGCCGCCACAGAAUUAACGUCCGGUAUUAGCUUGGGCGGUAUGAGAGCUCCGCAUCCGGCACUCUCAAACAGGGACAUCACGGAGAUCAAGGAAAUCCUUAAUGACAACGACAUUGAAUAUAUUGAACAAUAAUUCGAAGAAUAAAGAGUGCAGUGAUAAUCUUUUUUUCAUUAACUUUAAAUGUAAAAAAAGAAGAAGAAAAUGAAUCCAAUAAACUUAAUGAAUUUGCUGACA